AUGAAUGCUGAUUUACAUAGAGUUUUUGAGCUAAAUGUAAGUGAAGCAAAGAGCAAGAGAGCCAAAAAGGAGGUAUUGGAGAGUUUAGAAGGUAGCUUUGUAGACUCUUACAAUAAGUUAGAGGGUUAUGCUACUGAAUUGAGAAGUUGUAAUACAGGGUCUGACAUUGUGAUAGAUUUGUCUAAAGAGGCACUAUCUAAUGGUAAGAGAAAAUUUCUUAAGAUGUAUAUCUGCUUCAAGGCAAUAAAGUUGGGUUUUAAGUCUGGGUUAAGACCACUUAUUGGAUUAGAUGGUGCAUUCCUUAAAGGGAAAACUAAGGGACAGGUAUUGUGUGCUGUUGGUCAAGACAGUAAUAACUCUUUCUACCCUCUAGCUUGGGCUGUGGUAGAUAAAGAGACUAAGAGAACUUGGACAUGGUUUAUGCAACAUUUGCAACAUUCACUUGAACUUCAAAAUGGUGAAGGACUGACAUUCAUAUCAGAUAUGCAGAAGGGGCUGCUUGAAGCAGUAAGGACAGUCUUACCUGAAGCACAUCAGAGAUAUUGUGUAAGGCAUAUUGAGGCAAAUUGGUUUAAAAGAUGGGGUAAAGGUGAGCUGAAAAAGUUGCUAUGGUGGGCUGCAUGGUCAUCAUUUACAGAGGAGUUUGAGGACCAACUUCAAGAGAUGAAGGAAGUUAAUGGAGAGGCUGGACAGGAUUUAAUAGACAAGUAUCCUCCCAAAGCAUUGUGCAGAGCCUAUUUAGAUACAGUGUGCAAAAAUCAGGCCGUGGACAAUAACUUUACUGAAUCAUUCAAUGCCUGGAUACUUGAAGCAAGGUACAAGCCAAUUAUUGGAAUGUUGGAAGACAUCAGGGUCAAAACAAUGGAGAGGCUGGCAGCAAAAGAGGUUGCUGUGAGGAAGUGGAAAGAUGAUGGAUUUAGUCCCAAAAGUGAGUUGUUGUUUAUUCAGUAUUUGAAGAUUUCCAAGGUUUGUAAGGUGAGUGGCAAUGGGGAUAAUGGCUAUGAGGUUACUGAAGGUGCAGAUAGACACAUUGUCAACUUAAGAGAGAAAAAAUGCACAUGCAAAACAUGGAAUCUGACUGGAAUUCCAUGUCCACAUGCAAUUAAGGCCAUGGAGCACAAGAAAAUGAUACCAAAGAAAGAAAUUCAUUGGUAUUAUAGUAAAGAGGCAGCAUUGGCAGUUUACAAACACAAGUUACAACCUGUUAGGGGAGAACCAUUCUGGAAAUGUGAUCCUUUGCAUGCCAUUGAACCACCAGAAUUGGUCAAGCUUGUUGGUAGACCUAAGCUUAUGAGGGAAAGAGAAAAGGAUGAAGCUGUUAAGAGGCAAGGAGUAUGGAAGCAAACAAGAAAAGGAAAAAUGAUGACAUGUAGUAAUUGUGGAGAACAAAAUCAUAAUGCAAGAGGAUGUGAAAAGGCAAAGCAGGGGAAACAACAUACUAAGAAGCAAGGGAAGCAACCUGCUAAGCAAGGAAAAUAA